AUGAACUCAGGGUCAUCGUCAUAUCAUCACAUCCAGGGCAUAUAUUGCCGAUCCGGCAAAGAUGAGUUGCUGGGAGUCGAAGGUCGCAAUGCCGAUCAAAUAAUCAGACACUGGCCGACACUGCGGACUCAAAGGAUCGCCAAUCAGUCAAAAACAACAAAACUGCCCUCAGGCAUUGAGGUAGUUUUGACACCAAUCGAGCUCCCAGAUUUCACAACCCUGGAAUCCUCUCUCUCUCUCAAUCUCCAAACUCAAAAAUACACUGUCCGCGAAAUAUACCAUCAAUCCAAAGGUUGCUACAUCGGUCUACUCAGCGCUGAAGCAUCCUCCAUUAGCGAAGAAGAAUCAGCAUUCACGGACUGGAUUGAGACAUUUUUCCUACUCGAAACGUCUCUUUGGCCUUAUUCGGACAGUGAAAACGUUCAAAACAUCAAGGCGGUCCGCACCUCAGAGGCUAUAACAACUCUGUUCGAAACGUUACUCCGCAAUAUUUCCUCCGAUGACCAGUGGCAUAUUGGAAAGGACGGAUUCAUUCGUCGAGUCCUCGGAUUUGUUGCCCGCAAUGAGAAAAUCCAAAUGGCUAUUCCCGCAUUCCCUUGCAAAUCACCAAACACACGCAAGGUCGGUGGACGCAACCCUGAUAUGGCCGAAAAGAUUGCUCUUGACACUCUACACACAUUCGCCAAAGCUGUUCGAGGGAUAUAUCCACCCGGCGUCGCAAUGUGGGUCAUCAGCGAUGGCCACGUAUUCUCGGACUGCAUCGGAGUGGAUGAUGAUGAAGUCUCAGCUUACGACAAGAAACUCCAUGAUCUAUACAAGAGUCUGUACAACACACCUGAAGACCAAGAAGCCAUCCGAUUCAGGGGACUUACGGACAUGUUCUUCUCCAAUCCCGACAUCGCAAACACCUUCCCUCACUCAUACAUCCAAAACUUCGAAAUAGCGCAUCCUAUCGAAUCUAAGCGGUCAUCAGAAGCCGAAACCGCCCGUCAGAUUAUGAUGGCUGGGUGCCAAAGUUCCCGUGAGCACUUCCAGAAACUCAUCGCGGACCAACAUCCAGCGACAUUGAGUCUAUACAGAGGACAGGCUCGCUUCAUGCAAGACGACCUCGCCACUCCAGAAUUUCUGGCAAAAUCUGCGAAGCAGAAGAAGAAGAUCUCCUUUGCCGUAGCAACUGAGAUGAUUGCACGAAACCAGGCAUAUUCCAACUUGCUUGAGCUGCUUCUUCCUAAUUAUGUUCGCCUCUCUAUUCAUGCACACAACAAUCGCGGGCCGAAAUAUGCUAUUUGUCUCUUUCCGCGGGACAAGAUUCGAGCUAUCGACUCCGUCAAGAAGCGCCAUGAGUUGGUUCCCGCAUACGAAUUCCAAGUACCUACCCCAUGGCACAACUCAGCCAUCAAAGUAGCCGGUGACGAUAUCAUCUACAUCGGCAAAGCCGAGAUUGUCAAGGCCGCAAUUGAAGCAGGGGACUUUGAAGGGGGUUGGGUCGAAGGACCUGAAGGGGGCCACUUUGCACUCAGGUCCACGCAACCUGCUGUGGAACUCGACUGUCGAAGUGGGCAGCCUCGAGAAGACUCUGACCAACGUGCAGACGGUGGAAGUGGGCAGCGACAGUGA